AUGCUGCUCACCUGCCCCCUUUACGCCCCGCUGCGCCUCAACUUUCCUGACCUGUUUGCUGAGCCCCAUCCUCCCCACCGCUUCCUCCGCCAGAAACCGUGCCGCCUCGCCGCCUUUGCUGCCGCCUGCUCCACCAGCCUGUUCCAGUGCACGGUAGAUGCCAGCUGGACAGUGGGCGACUCCCACCUGACCGCGGCCUGCUCCAACGAUGUCACGGGACCCACCUUCUGGCCUGGGACUGCCCGCCUGGGCGCUGGCGGCGGGGUGGAGCUACGCAUCAGCAACAACAACAACAACGAGUGGUGGCCGCUGUGCUCUGACAACCUGGGGCCCACAGCAGCGGCGCUGGUGUGCAGCACCGCGGGCUUCCCCGGCACCACGCCCACCAUCGAAGCUCCCAUCCCCCUCACCGAUGGCAGCUCCAACACAAUCUUCCUGAACAGCGACGACAGCUGCGAAGCCCGGCCCAACGUCCAGGCCUGCAGCAUCAACCCCACCACCGCCAGCGCCUGCGUCGGGCAGGCCGUGCUCAGCUGCACCUGA